AUGCCAGAGCUCUUCAACACUACUCGCCUGCAGGGCAAGACUGCCAUCAUCACCGGCGCGUCUGGUGGCAUCGGAGCGUCCACCGCGAUCCUCUUUGCCCGCGCCGGCUGCAACCUAGUCCUCCUCGCUCGUCGGAAGGAAGCGCUCGAAGAAGUGGCUGCCCAGGCCAAGGCUGCUGCCCAAACAAUGGGUCAGAACCCGCAGAUCGUCGUCCGCACGCUCGACGUCAACGACCGUACGGCCGUCGACGCCCUUGUGCCCGCCCUCAAGGCCGACGGUGUCAAGUCGUUUGACAUCCUCGUCAACAAUGCCGGCGGGGCAGUGGGUACCGAGCGCGUUGGCGACAUCAAGAUGAACGACGUCGACUUUAUGGUCGACACUAACCUCGUCUCGCUUAUUCAGGUCACGCAGGCGUUCCUCCCCGAGAUGAAGAGGCAGGACUCGGGCCAUAUUCUCAACAUUGGCUCGCUGGCUGGUCGCGAGGCGUAUGUUGGCGGAGCGGUUUACUGCGCCACCAAACAUGCCGUCAAGGCCUUCACCCAGUCGCUGCUCAAGGAGCUUGUGGCUACGGGCAUCCGCGUGACAGAGGUCGCGCCGGGCUUUGUCGAGACCAACUUUUCCGUCAUUCGCUUCCGCGGUAACGAGGACGCCGCCAAGGCCGUGUACAAGGGCUUUGAUCCGCUCGUGGCCGAGGACAUUGCCGAGGAGAUUGUUUGGUGCGCCAUGCGCCCGCCGCACGUCCAGAUUGCCGAGCUCUUCGUCCUUCCCUCGGCGCAGGGUUCCGCCACCAUCCUCCACCGCAAGGAGUAA